GUGAGAGACUCCGAGUUAAACCGGAGUGGGAGAGCGGAGAGAGUGUGUGUAAGUGUGUGUAAGUGUGUGUGUAGUAUCACUGCGGGUCUGUGAGCAUGUCUAAACCGGAUUACACCGGACUGUACACCUGGGUCUCUCAGGAGAACUUCGAGUCCUACCUGGCCGGGUUAGACAUUAACAUAGCAUUAAGGAAGGUGGUGUGUUUGCUGAAACCCAGUAAACACAUUGAACACGAUGUUAAUUCCGGACACAUGAAGAUUAAAACCAUCACAACGUUCAAAAACUUCGACAUGGACUUCACUCUGGGAGAGGAGUUCACUGAGGACCUGGGGCCUGUCGACGGCAGGAAGUGCCAGACUACAGUGGACUGGGAUGGUGAUAAACUGGUGUGUGUACAGCGAGGGGAGAAAGAAGGACGAGGAUGGACACACUGGCUCGAAGGAAACUUACUUCACCUGGAGCUGCGUGUGAAUGACGUGGUGGCGAAGCAGGUCUUUAAGAAAGCAGAAUGAGAGACAGCAGACACGAGUCCCCCUUUAUAAUCUAAAAGUGAUUUUAAUGACCUUAAUUAAACUGAUUUUAGUGACCAUGGAGAAGCAGGGUUCUGUAAACACUCACACUUUCCUCUCUGUGUGGAAAAUGUGUGACCUGUCACCUGACAGUGUUCGCCUUAGCUCAUUUUUUCUGUAUCUGUCCUGUUAUGCUAACAUGCUAACACUGAGGAAAAAACCCACAGUGUGUAAAAUGUCCCACUGCACUGGACAUCAGAGCUGUAGUUCCUAUAGUCUGUCCACUGGAGGGCAGCAGAGUGCUGUGGGUUUGUUCUACUCCACUACACUUCUGUUCUUUAGGUUCCUCUGUGAUUUGAUCCUUUUUUUCUGCUUCAUUAGAAGUUUGUGUACUUUAAUGUACUGAAAGAAUAAAGUGUUGAGAUUAACAUGUC